AUGUUCAAAUCGAUUAAUCGAGCCGUCAAGAAGCUCACGGAGGAGGCUCCACAGGGCAAUGACCAAAUGAUUAUUAAGGUAAAGCGCUUGGACUCUCGCUUUAACCGUCGGGGACAUCAGGUGGUUGUAGACUCUGGGACAGUUCCAACGAUUGAGGCCGACAACUAUGAUGCCAACGGCGCAUACGUCCUUGUUCACUGCAAAUACUUCAACCAGCUUGGUCUACUACAUCGUCAAACACUUGAUAUCAAGAGUUUGAUGGUUAAGAAAGUAUUAAAGGAAGUCAUUGGAGAUAGCUACCCGGGAAUCAGUUUCAACACUGCGAACAUCGUCUUGGAGUACCCACUGAGGUGCUUAUGGCAUUAUCGAGAUGAGAUCCGGUUCGUGGCGAAAGAAGACAAAAAGUCAGAGAAAGGGCGGCAUUUGAAACUGUUGCUUGAUUUCCUAGAUGCCGAGUUUGCAAAACUCGAUGCGGAUUAUAACAAUUAUAUGGAACAAGGACUGACUUCGUUCGAUAUCAUGUGGACUCUUUUCAAACCAGGCGAGCUUAUCUACACAAGCUUUGACGGCCAUGCCCGAGUCUUCGAGACAAAGGGAUAUAAAGAGCAGUCAAUCAGCUGUACUAUUUAUGGUGUCAUUGACGGCACUUACAUUGACUACAAUGGGGAUGAAUUCGGAUACGCACAGAGAUAUGUCUUGAAUCCUGAGUUCGAUGGAACUCGAAAAAUUACCGAUCUCGAUGCAUUCCCUCUCAAAUUCCAUCCUCGGGAAAAAGAAGUCCGACAUGAUUUGAUUUCACGUGGACGAAAAUUCGAAAGUUUGGCCGGUAUUCAUUGUAUGGACUAUAAUGGCCCAACUAUUUCCGGGGCUGGGCAUUGGGGGUCUAAGUUAUUCGUAAAUGGGCGAGUAAUGGUUGAUGUCAAGACGCAUGUCCACUACCACCCGGAAAAAGUCGUCGCCGUCAGCUCUUUACAAGGGGAUAAAGAUAAGGUCAAAGAGCUUACUGACAGUCAAAACAAACCCCGGUACACCACUGCAGGUUAUCACAAUGGUGUCUAUUAUGAAGAGGUGGCAUCCCAGGGCGCAAAUAAUGUUACCAUGAACGUAACUUUACCCACUGAUGGUAGCGGACAAGAUCUCAAGAAUAAGGGGAAGCAAAACCAGAAGAGCAAGGCCGUUACUGUUUUAACUGAAGAACACCUUUUGCUUUGUUCCAGUCUUAUAUACGGCUUUGCUUUAAAUGAGAAGCAAUGGGUCCAACUCUUCGUGGACCUUUUGCAACCGGUCAGGUGGAAUACUGUAUCAUUCGAUCAGCUAGUGCUUCCCAAGUCGCAAAAACAACUUGUUAAAGCAUUGGUUGAAUCGCACCAAACUUCCACUUCCAACUUUGACGAUUUCAUCGCUGGAAAGGGUAAAGGCCUAAUCUGUUGUUUGCACGGCUCACCAGGUUGUGGUAAAACAAUGACUGCUGAAUCUGUUGCGGAAUUUACAAAAUCGCCGUUAUAUACAAUUUCAGCUGGUGAUCUAGGAGCCGACCCCGCUGAGAUGGAGAAAGCGCUUUCGAAAAUCCUCCGUCUCUGCACGAUCUGGAAUGCUGUGCUAUUACUUGACGAAGCCGAUGUGUUCCUUGAGGAACGGUCUCUCCACGACCUCGGCCGUAACGCCCUAGUUUCUAUCUUCCUAAGAAUGCUUGAAUAUUAUUCGGGAAUCCUCUUCCUGACCACAAAUCGUGUCAAGACAUUCGACGAAGCCUUCCAAUCCCGUAUUCAUGUUGCUCUUCGCUACCGUGAUCUCGACAAGUCCGCUCGCGAACAAGUCUGGCGUAAUUUCAUCGAGAAGAUUGAAUCCUCUGGAACUACGACUGCAAUCAAGGAGGCUGACUACGAUUUCUUGGGUUCUGUUCUGCUGAAUGGCCGACAGAUCAAGAAUGCUGCCAGAACCGCAUUGAGUCUGGCGGAUAAUAUGGGCGAAAAGCUCAGUUUGGAGAGUGUAAAGAGUGUAUUGGGAAUCGUCGAGGCAUUUGAAAGGGAUUUUAAAGAAAUGAAAAAGCUGGAGGAUAUUCAUUCUUAA